AUGCCCGACCGUUGUGUUGUCGGAGGUUGUGGUAAUGAGAACAGCCGUAAGAACGGCAUCUCGUUGCACAGAAUUCCGUUUUUUGGUGAUGAUCGUCCAGAAGCCGUGAGACGCCGCAAGAAGUGGGUUGACUUCGUUCUUCUCACAAGAAAGAAAUGGAGUGCGACUUCUAUAUCUGCGAUUUGUUCCGACCAUUUUAAAGCGGAAGAUUAUGCGCGACAGUUUAUCGCGAUUGACGGACAAUCAGCGCCUAACAGUCAGAGACUUGUUCGAGAUGACAUCGGUAUCGUUGCCAUACCAUCCAUUACUACAAACAAGAAGGCUAAACCUGCAUCUGAGUCGGCUGCAAAACGAUCAAGGCGAAUG